AUGGCAAAGAAUAAUAAAAGUGGAAGUCGAAGUAAACACAUCGACAUCAAGUACUUAGCCGUGAGGGAACGUGUGAAAGAAGAAAAAGUGGUCAUUGAGCACAUUAAAACUGAAUUAAUGAUUGCUGAUCCUUUGACUAAGGGCAUGCCACCUAAGAAUUUUAAGGAUCAUGUAGUACGAAUGGGACUCAGGAUUCCGUCCCUUCACCGCAACUUUCACCACAAAGAUCUCAGCGACACGCAUCCCAGCCACCGCCACCACACUGGCCGAAAAUCAAGAAGUUCACAAUUCUCCAUGGAGCUGAAAAAUCCAGCACCAGUAUCCUCUGAAGUAUAUGUCGGCACGAGUCCCAAAUUCUCAUUUAUGGCUGCGAGCGAGAGAAGAACUGUGUAG